UGUGACACUAUCCUUAAUCUAAGUGUGUACCUGCUGUUAAAUUUGUUGUCUGUUUUAGUUUGCCAAGAGUCUAAGAGAGCUGAGAGUUUAGUUGCAGUCAUCAAUGCUGGUGGAAUUCGUGGUAAUGUGGAUUUUAUUCCUGGAAACUCCUCUGGAAAAGGUACAAUAAUCCGUGUGAGCCUACGUGGUGGAAGUUACAGUGAACAGUUCCGUUGGAAAAUUCAUGAACUACCAGCAAUUCCUGCUACCAAGGAUCCAUGUAAAGAAGAAAAGCUAGGACAAGUCUAUGCUGAUCUGACUGUGGAACAUGGAUUAUUAACAUCUGGUGAAGAUGCUAUGAUAGUUGCUAAUCUCAAACUUAGUGGCCCUGAAUCAAUUCUUGGGCGUACUCUUGUCCUCAGAGGAACAGAGACUGCUAGGUCUGUUUGUGCAGUGAUUCAACCCACAUCACGGGUACGGACCUUUCGUUCUAAGCUUCAUACACCAGUGGCUGGAGAGGUUGUAUUUAGACAAAGUGAACAAGAUAUUGGGCUGUAUUCUCACCUCUAUUUCACCGAUGGUACAAGAAAAGACACUCUUCAUCGCUGGGCACUACUGACUGGUAAACAAACUGAUACUAUGAAUGAAUAUUUUCAGAAUGAAGUAAGUCAGUGUGCCAGUCUCCAUGGGGCAGUGCCACUUAUCCAGGGUUCCAAUAUGCUAGCAGUAGGAAAAGAGCCUAUUAGUGCAUAUAGCAGUACCUAUUAUGUCAUUCAGAACCUACCUCCACUAGAGAAGUUGAUUGGUGGACUUUAUUUUGUCAUUUAUUCCAGCACCAGUCCUGCUGAUAUUCUUGCCUGUGCUCCUUUAUUGGCUGUUGAACCAAAGGAAGCCGUGGCCAUGUUCAAGAAGGAAGUUAUUGGACAGGUGACCUUCCGUCAAGAAUCACCCUUUGACCCAACUCUAGUUACAGUAGACUUGGAUAAUCUGCAACAAAGAGCAUACAGUUAUGGAAUUGAUGAAUACCCCUUAAUCUAUCGGUGGAACAGUUCUGAACAGUGUCCAAAUAUCAGGGGUGCUAUAUACAAUCCUUUCAAAGCAGAGCCUUAUGCUGUACCUGAGCCUGGGAAAGGUAGUGCUGAUCUUUAUGCCACAGGUGAUUUAAGUGGCAAGUACGGCACCUUACAUAACAAGAAACAAGUCUUCCAACAAGUUCGAGACCAGUCUCUUUCUCUUUUUGGAAUCCACAGUGUGGUGGGGCAUGCACUGGUCAUCUACAAGCCUGAUGGUCAGCCCUUGACAUGUGCAAACAUUGAACUCAGUGGGAAGCCAAUAAUCACUGCUUACUCAACUUUUGACACUCCUCUCCAAGGCCAGAUUAUCCUCAAACAAGAUGCUACAGAUCCAACAGCAGAUACCUCAGUCUACAUAGAGCUCUCCUACCCAACAGGGACACCAAACAUUCAAGAAAAUACAUACAAUCAUCCUUGGCAUGUUCAUGUUAGCCCUGUUUCUACAGGAACUGGGUACAGUACCACACAGUGUGCAGUUGCUGGUCCUCAUUAUAACCCCUACAAUGUCAGCACUGAGGGAAUAUAUUUUUGCCACUGUUCUGGCAACAUGCCUUCCAGGUGUGAGCUGGGAGACAGUUCUGGAAAACUGGGUUAUCUAGAUAUCCCCGUCUUUAAGACUCUAGACAAUGGUCAAACAGAACUAGCAAAAUACUAUUUUACUGACCCUAACCUUCCUUUAUCUGGACCAACAUCAGUCAGUGGAAGGUCUAUUGUGGUUCACCAUCCAGAUUUUGGAAGUGGUCGUAUGGUGUGUUCUAAUAUUAUUCAACAUGGAAUUACUCAAAAGUGAGAUACAUCAAACUUUAUUGGCAAAGAAAUGUUUAUAAAACAUCAUUACAAGAUUCUGAUAAAACAAGCUUGAGUAGAUGUUCUUAAGUUGAUCUCUUACUUAGCUACCUAAAAUACACUGAGACAGGAUAUCUAUUAUAUAAUGGAUCAUAUUCAUUCCCAUUGAAUAGCAAAACUUGUACCAUGGCUAGCUGAGCAUUUUAAUUUCAGGCAGUAUUAGAUAUCUAUCUGGUUAAGCUGAGUAAAAUUAUUACACUGACUGUUACUUUAUGUGUACUAUGAAAGAAAAGAAUUUUGCUAAUAAGUACAUAAAACAGAAAAUGCUCCCAAAUAAAAUUUAGCUCUAGAAAAAAUACAAAUAAGGAACUUUCAUCUCUGGUGUUUAUUUACACAUUUGCACAUAUGUAUAUUUCAAAAUUUAAUAUUUCUAGAAAUGUGUGACACGUAUCGUAGUCAUGACGUUGUGUACUCUCUUUUUGUCAAAACUGGAAUUUACUUUUGUUUCAGGAGACCUCAAUCUUAAUAAGUGAUGUAUGUGUAAUAAAUACACAAUGAACAAGAAUAUUGUACCCCUUUCAUAAUCUGAUCCUAGGUUCCAAAACACUUUUAUUGAUGUUUCUUGACUUAAUACACUAUUAAAAUCUUGCAACCAGUGCUUAAGUAUGAUUUGUUUAUCAUUUGACCAUGUAUAUCAUUGCUUCCUUAAAGACACCUGUUGUGAACUUGUUUUAUAAUCAGUUAAUUUACUAUUUCAUAACAUUCAUUUUGUUACUUAAUCAAUAAAAUAAUUUUGAUUAUUAAGAUUUAAAAUCAAAACUUGUAAGCAUUUUAAGGAUAUUGUUAAAAAAGUCUUUAUAUAUGUAUUCAUUCUAUAUGUAGAAUCAGGUCAAACGUUUUGAAACUUGUGUGUUAUCAUACAAUGAAAUGAAGAUUGAACAUAAAAGCAUAUGUAAACCUCUGUCUAUGACACUUGACAACAAUAUAAUUGUUCUGUAUUUUUAAUGUACAUAUAUUUUAGGCUAUAUAUUCCAAACUAUAUUACAAUUUAUUAUCCAAAUGGAGAUAGUUAAUAUAACUUGGAACAUUGUGAAAUUGUAUCUUUAGCUAGUGUGUAGACUUUAAUAAGAAAUGUGCAGGAGUCAUGCUGUCUUAAUGGUUAUUCUUACAACCCUAAUGCAGUUUUGUAGCUGGAGCUAAUAAACCUUUUUAACAGAAA